AUGGACGCGUCGCGUCUCCACCCGUCAGUGCCGCAUGCAGCCAGUGGCCGCACGUCGAGCUGGUUGAACAACAACACGGCGCCAGCGCUCCAGACCAUACGUGCGUUCAUUCUGCGGCGCGUGCUGCUCUGGUCGCUCUUGGGGCUCUGGGUCUUUGGCGUGAGCGCGUAUGUAGCCAUGUGGGUCUACUCGCUACUGUGUGUUGUCUGCUAUGUCGCUACGCGUGGCCAAUCGUUGCUGCCGCAGAGUGUCGUCGCCUAUCUCUUGUUUACAGUGCUAUACGAGAGCUAUCAUUACGUCACGCGCGACUUGCCGCGCGAGUGGCCCCGUAUGCGGCGUCUCGUGCGGUAUAUGCUACUGCAGUACCCGUAUUUUCGCCUCAAUGUGACGGUCUUCGAGGAACGUGAGCUGGCCAACGAGAGACGACAGCGGAGCCUGAAGGAGAGUGAGAAGACGAAGCACGGUGAUGACGACAAUGUAGAAGGUGAUGGCGUGGGUGGAAGCCACUUGAGUGCCGCUGCAGCAGCUCGAGCUAUUGCAGCAAACGAUCUGGCGCCAUGUGUGGAGUCAAACGCCAAUAAAUUGUUUGCGUACCAUCCACAUGGAGUGCUCACGUGUGGCUUUUCGUUCAAUGGCGCGUAUCAUAUGACGUUUGAGCGCUCGGCCUGUCGGUGGCUGUCAGCAAACAAUUUGUUCUGGUUCCCGCUGAUUCGUGACAUUUUGAAUUGGAUGGAGUUCAGCAGCUGUGCGAAAGCCAAUAUGCUCAAGUUCAUGCGCAACGGUCAGAACGUCUGCAUCAUUCCUGGUGGCUUUGAGGAAGCCACGCUAUUUGAGCGCGGAAAACAUCGUUUGUUUCUCAAGAAUCGCUUUGGGUUCAUCAAACUGGCCUUGCAGCACGGCUAUGAAGUACACCCGGUGUACACGUUUGGCGAGGAGUACACGUUCCAUACGUUUCCAUACUUGCUGUGGUUCCGGCUGCAGUUGAACCGGUGGCGAAUUCCCGGCAUCCUUUUCGUUGGUGACGCUAUGUGCUUUUACCUCCCACGCAACGAUGUCGACCUGAUCACUGUCGUCGGAGCACCGCUGCGUUUCCCACGAAUUGAGCACCCUACGAAGGAAGAGGUGCGCAAGUACCAAGCGCAGUACGUGGAAGCGUUGAAGGACCUUUUCGACGCCUACAAGGGUGUCUACGCUGUCGACCCUACUGCCACGUUGGAAAUCUUCUAG